UUGGCGUACUUGAUGUGAGAGUGCGAAUGAUUUGAUUAUUGGGGAUUGGGAUUGCGGUUGUUCACUAAUUAAAUUUGAAACAGUGGUUAGUGGGGAAAGCGAAAUUUUUAUUGAACAAUUUAUUGAACCAGUCACCCUGGUUGGAGUGGUUUUGAGGUCGAUCUGUCAACAUGAUGGAUUCUCAGAAGUUUUGCCUCAAGUGGGAUGGGUUCCAGAGCAGCGUCACCUCCGUGUUUGACCACCUGCGGCGGGACGGUGAGCUGGUGGACAUCACUCUUUGCUGCGAGGGACAGCGUGUCAAGGCGCACAGGAUGAUGCUGUCGGCCUGCAGCCCUUACUUCAGGGAGCUGCUCAAGGACAACCCCUGCCAACAAAUGGUGUUCUUCCUGAAGGAUACAAGCGCGGAGGACCUGUCUGCCAUCAUUGAGUUCAUGUAUAAGGGCAGCGUGAACGUCAGUCAGACGCAGCUGGCCAGCUUCAUCAGGACGGCAGAGAUGCUGCAGAUUAAAGGACUCAGUGGAGAUGAGGAAAAGAUGCCGCCGUCACCAACUACCCACCAGAGCCCCGGACGUGCCGCGUCUCACGAGCCUCGACCCAUGGCCGCCUCCACGCCUCAGAGACCUCAUCGAAACGGAACACCGCCGGCUAAGAGAAGGAGAGCCUCAGAAACGGUUACCGAGACACCUCCCCACCAACCACCGUCGUCACAGCCGCCAUCAACACCAUCACAGCAGUCGAACGUACUACCGCAGAACCCUCCAAGAAUGCCGUCGUCACAGCCUAGCCCUCCUCCAAGCUCUUCCACGCCGCUCGCCGCUUCUGCAAACCCAGCAUCGGCCCCAGUACAGACCCCUGCGGGACACCCCACCGAAGGGGGACAAGCGCUUGCUGAGGAGAAUAUCAAAGUGGAAAAGGUGGACCUGACUGAAGAGGAGGAUGACGAUGCUACCCUGGAUUCGACGCUGGAUUAUGUUGCCGAUUAUGAGGGCGGAUACAGAGAUGGGCCUGAUCUGUCCAUGGCUGAUGCUGCGGCCAUCAUGGGCGGAGGAGGCGGAGGGGGCGUGGCUGGACCCUCUCAGCGGCCCCCGGACGACGGCUCCCAGUCAGAUCGUUUCACGUGCGAAACGUGCGGCCGGGUCUACUCCCGCCUGCUGUCUCUGGAGCACCACCGCAAGGUCCACGAGGGGCUCACCAAGUGUCCCAUCUGUGGCGUGAUAGCCAGUCGCGUGGGUCACCUUCGACGCCACAUUCAGAUGGUGCACCGGCUGCCGGCGGAGCAAGUCUACACUCUGGUGCCGAGCAAGUUUUCUCGGAGUCGCUGAGACGGUUGGGAAUGUGUAUAAUGUAUAUGGAGUGGACUGUCGGACAAUAGUGUGUUUUGCUUCGGACUUCGAUGUGGUUUCUCUUCGGACAUCGUUGUGGAAAAUUAGGUAGCCAGGGCCAUAGGAGGAUCCAUUUUCUUUCAUGAGUGUCUGAACGUCACAACAAAGUCACUCCCAACGUGUGGAAUGUUUUGAGUUCUUCCAUUUAGGGGCGCAGUGAGACUUCUGUUGCGGAUGGGGAGUAGUGGAGAAUCUGUUGAUUUCUUGGAAAAGUGAUGCUAUGCGAUGUAAGGGUAGGUAAUGUUUCAUCAAGAAUUGGCGAAUGAAGACCUUUGUAUGGUUUCAUAGUUAUCAGACAGCUGAGUCCCGAAUUCUAGUUAAAAUGGUUCGGUGUAAAGGUAGAUAGUGCCUAGAUGUUGAUGACCCAAAGUUACUGCGGUUCAUGCGAGACUGCAAACUGUUCGCGAUCUCCUUGUUUUCAACGGAAGAAUGACUGAUAACAAGAAUAUGGAAAGUUUCUUACAAGUACCGUCUUAAAGUUGCUACAUCAGACGAUGUGCAUAGAUAGCUUUGGUAUAGGACGCUACUGUAUAAGGAUUCGCCGACAGAUGAACAUAACUAAGCCUUGAUUUAGUCCGUCACUGUGGUGACACGAAUGAAAGCUGAACAUUCAUCGUCAUUUGCAGCAUGUGUUACUCUAACUCAUUUCAGGGAGAAUGAAGUUGCUACUUUUUUACAGCCCAGAUAAGACCGUCUUGUUUAUUUUCUUAUUCGAUGUGUUCAGGCGUACUAUGUAUCGCCUUUUAGUGGAGUCUAGAAGCGAAACAUUUUUUUUUUUUGGAGUUACGUAUGUGUUUUAAUGACGUCGAUGAUAUCGUGUUUAAUAAAGUGUGCAUCGAAAUAUUUGAGAACAGAUAGUGAAACGCUUGCUAUGUGAGCCAUCCAAUAAAAAAGCUACCAAUGACACCCACUGAUAAACACAUGCAUUGAUUUGGAGAUACCUGUUUCAACCACCAUGCCAGUAAUUUGUAUGUUAUGGGAGAACGAUGCACCAGCCAGCGGCCUUUGCUACCCAUCAGUUUCACACGCUUUACCCUCGUCUUCCCUUGCUUCCUUCUUUCCUUCUUCUUUUUUAUUUUACCAAUAGUUAGUCGCCUAUGUAAUCUUGUCAAUGGCAUUACCUACUAUCUUAAAAAAUGCUGCUUUUCAAACUGGGGGGGGGGGAGCACUGUACUACAGUGACUGUACACCAAAAGUGACUGUAGGUAUGCAUCUUUAGAUUAGUCCUUAUUUCCUUAAACAACCUCGUGAUCCGGGCAUCUAUGUGUCACUUGAACCGCCAGUAAUCACACAUAUCAGUCUUCUUUGCGACGUAAAGAUCCGUGCCCUUCCACGUCCUGACGCUAAUACACGUCACUCGUCUUGUGAAGUCAUCAGUCCCCUGGCCGUUGACCACCCACGUCCUUCACUAGUCCAAUCGUCUCCUCCCUCCGUAAAAGCUCUAAGUCGUCAGCAUCAUUGUGAAUUUCAAUUUUGUCCACAGGUUGUUUCGUAUGCGACAUAUGCGGCAGGGGCUACGCCCACGCCGUAUCUCUGGGACUGCACAAGAAGGUUCAUCAAGGACUGACAACGUGCGCACUGUGCGGCAAGGUCCUCAACAAGGUGGCGGACCUGAGGGAACACAUACGCAUGGUCCAUAAACUGAGCAAGGAGCAAGUACAGCUGAUUGUGCCUUCUAUGCGGUCGAGAUAUAUGUGAUACGGAAUAUUCAGAGCGAGAAAGCGUAGGGACGUGAGAAUGUCGUGGGAAGGACCAGUAGACAGGUGUUCCAAUUCGACAAAUGUGUGAAUAGUAAUAUGAUUAGUGAUGUGUAGGAGACUGUCUUGCGGCAGGGAAGUCUGUAGCAAGUUGUUCCGUUUGGUGUCCACUCUAUGUCAGUGGAGUCGCUUGUACAAUAUAUGUGAUGGCAACCAUGUGGUUAAAAUCGAAUAGUGACCUGAGUUCAAUGAAUGUGUGUUUGAUGAUUUCAUAUUCAGGAUAUGAGGAAUGACAUGGGAACGGAUUGUUCUUCUAUUUUGGACGCAGCUUUCUCUUUGCUAGCGAUGCCUGAGAUAUACUUCGAAUAUAUCCUGUCUUGUGACUUGGUCCAACACAAUGCCACAAUUUCGCAUUACUUUUAUCAUAUAGUGAUCGGGUUUGUUUGUCAUAGAUAGCCCUUAGUUUGUCAAUCGGAUAUGCACAACACUAACAGAUAAAACGUCAACUGAAUUGUUUAAGGUAUUGUUUGAACGAUAUCACACGACAAUGAUUCACGUGAUUUUUCAUUUAAUGUUUGUACAUGAGAUAUGUUCCUUCAUAGACAGUUGGACGCAUUCCUCUCAAUUCACUCUAAUGUCGUUUGCCUGUUCACCGUUGCUACUUGCAACGUUUGAUGACUGUCUUGUAAACGUUUCAUUGUCUUGUUUUAAUCUUCGUGGAAAAUAUAUGGUAAUGCCCUGA